AUGGCCCUCAUAGCAUACAGCUUGUGCAAAGAUUUGAGACGAUCAACAGAUGACAAGGUGCAGGCUACACUCAAUAAAAAACGCAUGAACGACUGGUCUAGUUUGGCGAACGAAACAUUUUACCAAUGCUCCGUACGGAGUAAUGAUACUUCAUUUGCUCUACUUUUUAUUGAGCUGCCGUACUGGGAAAAUGAAUCUUGUUUUGAAAUUGCGAUGCAUUCACACAAUAAGGAUUUCAUUAGACACUCAGCCUGUCAAAAUGUGCUGGACAAUUUCUGGAACAGAGGAAUCAACAAGGAUGUUGAAUCCGAUGAACCCGAAGACAGCCGUUGUAUCUGGGUUUUAAAGUUGCUGUCCUACUUUACGAUUGUGGCACCAAUAGUGUCGUUGUUCUACCCAUGUUAUGGCAAAGAAAUUUCUUUUCUCAACGUUCCUAAGAACAAAUUUAUAUACAACUUGAUUUCGUUCGCAGUGUUUCUGACCAUGUUUGCGUAUGUGCUGCUAUUUGAUCUUGCUACAAAUGUAUCGACACUGGAAUACGUAUUGUUGGCAUGGGUGUUGACAUUUUUGGCAGAAGAAAUCCGGCAGAUGGCAUCCGACAUAUCGACGUACUUCAAGAACGCGUGGAAUGUUCUAGACGUUGGCACAAUCUUUGUGUUUAUCGUUGGGUUUGGCUUGCGAUUCAAGCAAUUUCCAGAGUCAUUUGAUGUACCCAAGGUCGUUCUUGCUGUCGAUUUUGUAGCAUUUGUCUUCAGACUUACCCAUGUAUUCUCAAUUAACAGAGUCCUUGGUCCGAAACUUCUUAUGAUCAGACGUAUGGUCAAAGAUCUGAUGUAUUUCCUGAUUAUUCUGGCAGUGUUUUUUGUAUCAUAUGCCAUUGCUUCACACUCUGUCCUUUACCCCGUAUCGCCACCAACGUGGGAUACAGUACGACAAGUUCUGAGGAGACCUUACUGGCAUCUGUAUGGAGAAUUGUUCCUAGAUGAAACGGAAGGGCAGUCGACAUGCAGCGAAAAUGCUACUAUCUGGACAGCGAAAGACAUGCCAAGAUGUCCAAGCGAAACUGGAAAGAUUGUGGUCCCUAUCAUGAUGGGGUUCUAUAUGCUGUUCGUCAAUAUCCUCCUUCUAAACCUUCUCAUUGCGAUUUUUAGCCACUCAUUUGCGAAAAUUCAAGUGCAAUCGGAGAAAAUCUGGAAGUACCAGAGAUACUUUGUGAUAAAAGAAUACGUAUCAAGACAUGUGUAUUACCCUCCUCUGAAUGUGAUUUGGAUGGUUAUCACGAUUAUUCAGUGUUGUGUAGAAAAACGAAAUGUAUUCAAAAACAGUCGUCAAUUUCGUGCAUACGUGAACGUUAGAGCAAGCCAGAUACAGACAUUGGAAGCAUAUGCUGUCAAAGCAUGUGAUAAAUCGCGUAAAGACAAUGUAGAUGAAAAGAAACAAACCACACACGAAAUGUACGAUAUACACGCAUUAUUUUUGAAUUGUAUGGUAUAA